UCAGUGUACAUCUUUAUUUUUGCAAUAUAUAUUCGACAAUAAUAUCCAAAUUAGAAAUGUAGUUCUCUUCCAGGAGUAAAAAAUGCUUAACACUUAGCACGAACCCACAAUUUUAGUGAGUUUAGAAAUGGCAAUGAAAAAAGCACUGUAACUUAUUCUGUAUUUUGCAAGAUAAGUAACUAAAUGCUUUCAUUAUAAGAGAUAAUUUUAAUUGAAAUUAUUAUUCACCAAUUAAAUCGAAUUCGUUUAAUACAUUAAAUACAUUAAAUUUUAUAAGACCACACUUAGCAGUAAACAACAGUGCUUAAAAAUGGAACAAAAACUUGCAAAACUAGCAGAAAGCCUGAAUUUGAAUGAUAAACAAAUGAUGGAAAUCAGAGAAGCCUUCACCAUGUUCGAUACGAAUGGUGAUGGCUCUAUCAAUGUAAGAGAAUUGGGCACUGUUAUGCGCUCAUUAGGAGAGAAUCCGACAGAAGCCGAACUUAAGGAUUUGAUAAGCGAAAUUGAUGCAGAUGGUAGUGGAACAAUCAAUUUGUAUGAAUUUACCAAUCUAAUGGGCCGAAAAUAUACAGGAAGAAGUGACGAAGACGAUGUUCGCGAAGCAUUUAAAGUUUUUGAUAAAGAUGGGGAUGGUUUUGUGACUUUUGAUGAGGUGAAAGCAGUAUUAUUAAAUAUGGGAGAAAACUUAACCGAUGAAGAAUUUGAGGAUUUGUUCCAUGAGAUAGAUCUUGAUGGUAACGGAAAAAUAGAUUAUGAAGAAUUUGAAGCUCUUAUGUCUCCCAUAUCUAGAAAAAAACGUAAACUUAAUUUUGAUUCUGAUUCAGACGAAGAGAAUAAUUAGAUAACAUAAGAAUUAAUUAACGGGC